AUGGGCGACACCGAAAAGUCGAACGAUUCGAAGGACUCGAAGGACUCGAAGGCACCAAAACCGGGUCCCCCACUUUAUUCACGCCACUACAACAUCUUCGCCGACGUCGAGGUGGAGCCGCGGUACGUCGAUCUGCUGCACUGCAAGGACGGCCGCACCCAGCAUAUCAUCUACAACCCCACGCCGUUGCCCAUCGCAUGCCAUGUUCGCGGCACCGGCGGCGGCAAGCUGUCCUGCGACAAGGCGCCCUACUUCAUCUGCGAGCCGGACAGCCAGACGAAAAUCGUGAUUACACGCUACGAUCCGCAUCACAUGGGCUCGCAGCGCGUCUCAAUCGCCAUGCUCCCCGUGGCUGAUUGGUGCUUGAAUGUGCCCGACUGGCGCAAGUUCCCGGCUCGCCUCUUCGGGCCUUCCGAGGUUCCGGUGGUGUACAAGAUACGAUUCCGCGGCGCUCCCCCGUACACCCGCGAGCUCGUCGAGCUGCACAAGCCGUUCGCCGUGCCGUUCGACGUGAGCGUCUACCUCAAGAAGAUUGGCGUCACUAACGAUACGGAGCAACUAACCGCCAACGAGGCCGGCAUCCUCUCCACGAUGAUGAGUCUGACGUUUGAGGACGAUCUGACGCACAAUUCGUUGGAUCAAACGGGCCGCAUGGAUCCGUGCUAUCCAUAUCCGGUGAACUGUCGAUUCCAAGGAAUCCCCGGCGAGCCACCUGCCCCUGCCCUCAAGACUCGAUCUCUCGAACGGGUUCCUCUGUCGAAGGGAACCACCAAGACACGAUCCACCCAGAAAUCGUCGUGCCCUCCCCAGGAGACGUGCAGCAAAACCGCCAUCGCCCCGUCCACCCGCACAAAGAAGUCGAAGAAGUCGUCGAUAUGCCAG